AUGCAGAAGAUCAAAACCUCCGAGUUUCAAAGCUCCACGAAGAUCGAAGCCUUGGUGCAGGAGAUCAAGAAGAUGGAGUCCACGGAUGCCACAAGCAAGGCACUGGUCUUUUCGCAGUUCACUCGCUUCUUAGAGCUCAUCGAAUGGCGCUUAAAGCGCGAGGGCAUCUCUGCAGCCACGGUCUUGGGGAGCAUGCCCAUCGUCUCCAGGAACAAUAUCAUUGUGUCUUUCCAGACAGAGCCAACGCUCAAAGUGCUCCUGAUCUCCUUGAAAGCGGGAGGCGAAGGCCUCAACUUGCAGGCGGCAGAUCAUAUCUUCCUCAUGGAUCCCUGGUGGAAUCCUGCUGCCGAAGCUCAAGCGAUCCAGCGUGCACACCGAAUUGGACAAGUACGGCCAGUGAAAGCUCUUCGACUGGUGGCUGCAGACACAAUUGAGGAGAAGAUCAUCGAGCUGCAAGAGAAGAAACAAAUGGUCUUCGACUGCACCGUGGGAAACAGCAAUCAGGCCUUGCAACGGCUUUCCGCGGAAGACAUUUCUUUCCUCUUCAGCCUUCCCGGCCUGUUCAACUGUGCUUAG